CCCCAGGCUGGCACUGAAUAAUCACAUGAACUUCGAUCCGCCACCGUGCGCUCGCUCGGCCAGCGGCUCCGGUCUCAGUGCCCGGCAUCCCGACUGGUUCCCCGGGCGGCGGCGGUCGGCAGCCGCGCACCUGCAGCCUGCCCUGCCUGGCCCGUUCGGAGUCUCGCGUGGGGAGCGCAUGGAUCUGAAAGGGGCAGAGAGCAGCGGCGGCCGGCGGCUUGGUCGGCUCCGAUGCCCCGGGUGGUUGGCGGCGCCCGGUGGGAUCUGAGCCGCCCGGGCGUUUCUUCUUCCUUGCUUCGGGGCAGCAGACGGCCUCCCUUCCGCGCCGCCGCAGCGCGUCAGCUAAGUUUGGCAACGCGUGCCCUCGGACUGCCGCCGGCCUGCCCCCUCCCCCGGCGAGGGGGACCUUCCCGCAGCCCCGCCGCCCGGCGGCCUUGGCCCACCAUGGAAGCUCCGCUCCGGACCCUUUUCCUUCUCUGCGUGGCAAUUUGGCAGCUCCCGCGCGGCUCCCUAACGAUGGUGCCUUCCCCAGAGAAGAAGGUGGCUGAACUUGGGAAGAUGCUGCCCCCUGCGGAAGUGAUCAGUUUCUUGGAAGUCUACAACCGCAGUGCCUGCCAGCCCAAGGAGAUGAUGGUGUCCAUAAUGGCUGAGCAUCCGUCCUUGGCCAACCACAUCAUGCUGCCCUCCUGCGUGGCCCUGAAGCGCUGCACAGGCUGCUGUUCCGACGACUCGUUGGAUUGCGUGCCCAGCCGUUCCCGGGAGCUGAUCAUGGAGGUAAUGGCAAGUCUUUUCCCACACAGAUAUCUAAACCAGCUGACUUUUGAAGAACACCUGGAAUGCGUGUGCAGAUCGAGGAUGACGUUUUUCAGAUCUAAUUCAAUUGGAAAUGUGAUGGGUAUCUGCAAGAAAUGGGAAAAAGGCUUAAUCUGUUGUUUUGUUCUCCCGCUAGUCAGUCCUGUGCACCUUGUCGGGACAGGAAGAAGCAGCUGGAUCCACACACAUGCAAAUGUGUCUGUCGGCACAGUGCCAGGUAUUGUGAGCGGCGUGGUAUGAAAUUCAAUGAGACGACCUGCAGAUGUAUGAAGCACCGUGGACGGACCACCCGCAGGAGAGUAAAACCCACGCUGUAGGCUGGAUCUAGACAAGAACUGGGCCCAAAAGAGCAUCGGCAGUCCUCGGCUAGUGAAGACCAUCCUCUGCUGGGUGUGAACAUUUCCUUGCUCAGAAGCAACCCACCAGUUUUGCUGGGGAGCGGGGGGAGAAAAAAUGGGUAAUAUCCUGGUUAUUCACCCCUUUGGAUUAUGGGUCAACGUGAUUGCAUGGAAGACCGCCUUCUCCAGCUUUGAGACACUAAGAAAUCCUUAUUUAAAAUCCAAAAAUGAAGUUCUGUUUCCUCCUUUCAUUAAUGGCUUGAAAAACAUCUAUUUUCCCCAUAUUCCUCCCCAAUCUCAUUAUUUUCCUAUUUCCUCUCCCCGCCCACCUUCCCCAUCACAUUCCCUUCCUUUGCCCCAUUUCCCUGUCCAACUAACAAAGAUUUGACGGAUGCAUUUUUACGAACGGGAACAGUGAUAGAAAAGCUGGUGGAGCUGAAGCAUCAGACUAAACCAUCCUGUGUCUUGUGUGAACCCAGUUUGGCUGACCGUGGUUUAUAGCACUGGUAGACACAAGCUGUCCCCACCCACCGGGGGAGCUGUCCAAAGCUUUCUAGAGGUGCUGUGAUGUUUUGAAAAACCCUUUUGAAGGAAAAAUGGAAAAGGGAGCUGAAGAUUUCCAGUUGCACCCUUAAAACGUGAUGGAUGCCUCCUUCACCAGCCUGAAAUCAUAUCAGCAAAAUUUAGAGGUAAAAUAGAUGUAUUUUGACUCCACAGUUACGGACCAACGGGUGGAAAUAGGAGAAUGUUCCCAAUCUUGUGUCCAUCCAUAGUUUUUUUUUGGCGGGGGGGAUCCUGAAAAUUCAUCCUGCAAAAAUGGGGCGGUGGGAGGCCCCCACCCUGUUUUAUGACUUAGUGGGGUAUGGCUUAGCACAAUAUAUAAGCCCAGCCCAUUGUGGCUUCUAAACAAAC